UUUGUUGAACCCACAGAUCUUCCAAUAUGGCUUCGGAUAAAAUUCGAUUCUUGCAUUAUGUACUGAAAGUUGGAAAUCGGCGGAAGGUUAUAGAGAAGCUCCGCGAUCAGUUAAAGAUGACUGUAUUGCGUCACGAAGAAUUUGCGUCCGGGUGCGAGGCAACCUGCAAUGGGCCAUAUGCUGGGCGUUGGAGCAAAACGAUGAUCGGAUAUGGGCCUGAAGAUGAUCAUUUCGUUCUCGAACUGACUUAUAACUACGGCAUCGGAAGCUAUGAGAAGGGCAACGAUUUGUUGUCAAUGGAUGUAGGAUAUGACUCAGAAGACGCCCAGGGAAAAGAAACGAUGCUGGAAUGCUAUAAGCUUCUCGUCCCCGAGCACAUUCGUGAAGGAGAUAAGCCAAGGUUUCGAGAAGUAACUGUUGGAAGUUCGGACAUCAGACGCACGACCGACUUUUGGACCACUUUCGUCGGGCUGAAAAAGGUCCGGGGCGACGAAGACUCGGUUGUGUUGACGGGCAAAGAAGGCAGUGGCCCCACGAUCGACUUAAAGUUUGUGCACGUUGGUGAAGUGAAUCACGCGAAAGCGAUUGGUCGAAUUGCCUUCUCCGUACCCGGAGCCGAGUUGAAGGGAAUCGAGAAAGCGUUGGUCGAAGCGGGACAGACGAUCUUGACGCCGUAUAUUAGUUUGGACACGCCGGGGAAAGCCACUGUUCAAGUGGUGAUUGCCGCCGAUCCCGACGGUCAUGAGAUCUGUUUCGUCGGUGAUGAAGGAUACCGACAGCUGUCUGUCGUUGACCCAGAUGCCGAUGAAGCUUUGAACAAGGAAAUCCAGAAGGACAAAUCUACCACAGCUUGAUGUUUCACGGAGGAAAUCAAGCACCUCUCGGACGGAGUUAGUUAAACUCCGCAAAUUAUUUUCCCAGAAAUUAUCAACGAUAUUUGGAGAUUUACUUUUGAAGGGAACGAGGGAAUAUUGGAGGCUUUAUUUUUGAAGGGAACGACGGAAUAUUGGAGGCUUUAUUUUUGAAGGGAACGACGGAAUAU